CUUGGUGGGAUGGUCGGCACGCCAGUGUUACGCGGGAUGGCCAUGCUUUCGUGUUUGGCAAUUGUCGCCAACUCCAUCGACGCAAUUCAAGUCGAUGCAUAUGCAGCUUGGGCGCACGAGCUCCUAGCAUGGACUCAGAGCAUCGUUGGCACUGGCGAGACCGACGCUUUCACGUUCACCCUGCACAACGCGACGGUGCGCUACGAGUCGACACCACUAGCCACGUCAACUCGUCCAUCCUGCGCCGCUGCUAGCCAUCUCGUACCUCCCAACCAAAAGGUAGUCAAGGCCAUGCACGCGCUCAUGAAACGUGGAAAUGCCACCGCGGAUGUCGACACAAUUGCUUUCGAGAUGCAGCGGGAAAUGCAGACCGUGCCACCGAACAUCCUCGAUUGCUUCCAGAGCAACCAAUCUGCUCACGUCGCACGCGGCGUGUGGGACGACCUGAUUGUCCGAUGUGCGAAUGACUCGGUGGAAUUUCACGCCCGAGGGAGCCUCUACAACGUGGACAAAUCUGAAUCCAAGCAAGCACAGGUGCAAGUCGACUGGUGGGGAAAAGAUCGUGCGAUCAAGUCGGCAGCCACGGUUGCAGCUUCAAGCAGUGGUGGUGCCGCCGACUCCACUGGGAAAGGGAGGCAAGUUGCCACGGACCGUUUGCACCAGUCCAUGCAAAAUUGCCUGGCUGACAAGCGCGGCAUGCUGACGGUUCAAUCCAUUUUCGGCGGCGGGUGGUCCGUGCAAGUUCCAAACGAGUCCACCAUCGUGGCUAGUUAUGCCACUGCGUUCGAGCUUGUGGUGGCGCACGCUGGAAACAACGCAAGCGACACAUGGGUUCGCUCGAUGGCCGACGCAACCGCGACAGCACUCUAUCGGGCGGGGCAUGCAUGUCACGCACCCUCCGUGGGAGGAGGGUGCUAUCAAAACCCACCGCGUGCAUCCCAACACGUUGGGAUGUCGCUAGCAGCCACGUGGAAAACCCUGUCUUACCAUCAGUUUUUGGUCGUGUACAGCGGCGCCAUCGUGUUUGGUGUGCUUGUGCUCUUGAGCGCCGCUACGCUCGCCUCGACGCAGCGGCGACAUGGCUACACAGCCAUCCCAGAUCCCAUCGAAGUCGACUACGACUCGUGCUCAUCUGACGACAAUGACUACUACUAACCUCAAUGCACUCUGUGCUCUCGACCCUGCCUACAAUGAAUCGAGCUCUGCAC